AUGGACCGCCUUCAAACGCCAUCGCAGGAUGGUAUUGUUGCUUCGAGUCUCCAAAACAAGCUCACUGCCGAGAAUAUCGAAGAAUUUGGUGUCGUACCCGAUCCAGCAAUACCAUCUAAACAUACCACCCCCUCCCAGAGUCAUCAGCAACCAAUUGACCACCCAGAUAUCAUACAAACUACACAGGAAGAUGAAGAGGAGCCACAAGAAGACAAGGAUACUAUACUACACAAUAGUCCUCCUCUCAAACGUCAAAUGAGAGACCGUCGGAGCCAUGCCAAAGAAAACACCGGAACCACCGAUAAACGUGCUCGGAUUUCCCCUAUGAAGCCUAAUUCUGGAAAAAUCUUCGAUACAAAGGCUAAGAUUAGAGAAGAAAUAACUAGUGCAACAUUAGCUCAAAGAAAUACUUUCUUGGUGGAGAAGCAGGACUAUUUUUUACCAUUGCUACCACAAAAUAACUAUAUUCAGAAGCUAAUCACACAGAAUAUCGACCUUUCCGAAGAAGAGAAGGUAAAACUACCAGCUUUUGUACCUUAUCAACAGCUAGAGACUCAACCCAAAGGUAUUAAGGCUACUCUCAAACCAUAUCAACUCUCCGGCUUAAGUUAUAUGGUCUAUCUAUACAGAAAUGGAGUCAAUGGCAUCCUGGGUGAUGACAUGGGGCUCGGAAAGACCCUACAAACUCUUUCCUUAAUCCAAUACCUCAAGGAGAACCAUCCUACCACUGGAAAAGGCAAACUACAACGCCCAUUCCUCAUCAUUUGUCCCCUCUCGGUCUUAGGAAGUUGGAUGACGGAGACGGAGAAAUGGACGGACCUAAGAGUGGUUAGAUUUCAUGGAGGACGUGAGGAGCGUGGUAGAUUGAAGCAUAUCAUCGCUGGGGGGAUUGAUAAGCUGGGAAAUUUGAGCCCUCAAGCUACCAGGAAGAGGAAGUAUAAGGCUAAUCGGGAUCCUUUGGGAAGAGAGGUUGUUUCUCUGGAUAGUGAUGACGAUAAUAAUGAAGAUGAUGAUAUGGGGGUAGACUUGGUUGUUACAACUUAUGAAUCCUACAAAAGCGAGCAAUCUUGGCUCAAGGGGGUGUUCGUCUGGCGAUAUGUUGUGCUGGACGAGGGUCAAAUUGCAUUUCUUAGCAAGCCAAGUCGACGUUCCAGUGUCACGGUUAUAAAGAACCACGCAAGCGAGGUUUCUAGGUCUUUACAAGGCCUAAAAGCAGAGUACCGCCUGCUUCUUAGCGGUACCCCCCUCCAAAACGAUCUUGGGGAGCUCUGGGCUCUCUUUCACUUCCUUUACCCAGAGGUAUUCGUCGAGAAGACGAGAAAUCUCUUCGCGGAGGGAUUUAAUCUCUCAAGAGGAGAUUAUAUAAAGGAUGUUUUGGUCGCAUCUCGCCAUCUCCUCGAACUAAUCAUGCUCAGACGAACCAAGACCUCUCCUGGGGUCGAUUUAGGCCUACCUCCUAUGGAGGAGGUCCUUCUUUUCGUCCCUCUCAGCCCCCUCCAGAAGCUCUGGUAUGAGCGAUUGAUUAAGAAGACGGAUACGGCGAUUUUACACGAGCUAUUCAAUAAUAAUAGCACCCAGGAGCAAACUUCAACGGCAAAUCUUGCUCUAGAACCAACCUCUGCUAGUAAUAGCAGCUCCAAGCGGACUACUUGGCAAAGCUUGAUGAAUUUAGUCAUGCAGCUUCGAAAAGUCUGCAAUCAUCCAUAUCAUUUCGAAGAUGUGGAGCCCAAUCCAUACUUUCCUGGCCAACAUCUAAUUGAAGCUUCUGGCAAGUUCAUCGUUCUGGAUAAGCUAAUUACCGAGUUAGUCAUUGAGCAGAAGAAGAAGAUCAUUAUCUUUUCCGGCUUCACACAGAUGCUAGAUCUCGUCCAAGAGCUUCUAGCUCUCAAAGGAGGAGAUGGUUCAGUCUUCAACACCUGUCGAAUCGAUGGAAGUACUGGCCGAGCACGACGUAACUUGGCAAUUAGAAUGUUCAUGGAUCUCACAGGCAAUCAUAACGUCUUCCUCAUUUCUACCAGAGCUGGUGGACUUGGACUCAACCUUGCCGUGGCAUCUGAAAUUAUCCUUCUCGAUCAAGACUGGAAUCCUCAGGUCACAAAGCAAGCAAUCGGUCGAGCUUAUCGUAUUGGUCUCCAAAAACCUCUCACAGUCUAUCACUUUGUCGCGCAGGGCACGGUAGAAGAACAAAUGAUGCCUCGAAUUGCCAAGAAGCUUUACUUAUCUGCCAAAGUCACGGAAUCUAUGGAGGAUAUUUAUACAAAGCCUAGUACUACCAGCCAAGGAAAGGGGAAGGAGGUUUCCAACGGCGACGAUAAUGAUAUGCCGGAAAUGAAUACUGGACAACUUAUGACUCUCAUUCGACGUGGAACAUCAGCUAUUUCUCGCCCAGAAAUCGAUGUAAGUAAGAUGUUAGAGUGGGAUUGGAAAACAACAGUCACGAUGUGCAAAGAUCAAGCCGCAGACCUCAUCAAAAAAGAUGACAUCGAAGAAACAGAUAUCGAUGAAGAAGAAGCUGAGAGAGCAUGGCUCGCAGAACGUGAGUGUGUCAAAUCUAAAAUCUUUAAUGGUAGAGCUAUCGAAGAUGGUAGACCCAAGUCUAGGGAUUCUGCUGAGGAUUUUGCCCCAUCAAGCAGUAAGGCUGAUCGGAAAAUCGGAAAAGAGAGAACGGUUAUGAUGGGUGGGUAUAUGGUUUCUAAGGACACUAUUAAUAACGAUCAAUGGGAAGCCGUCAAGACAUUUUCAUCCACUAGACCCUCCGCUCCAAAGCGCGAGAAGAAACCCGACAUCACUUCGCAAACCUAUUGUCAAAUCUGCAAGAUCAACCACAAAUCACCACUCAUAUCAUGCAAAUUCUGUCCAAGAGCUUAUCACAAGGAUUGCCUUACUCCAAUCUACCAAGCUAAGGCAAAUAAGACUCAGUUCGCAUGUCCCCAACACAAUUGUGUGGAUUGCAAGCAAAAGGCACCCGAUGUCGGUGGAAUGCUUUAUAAAUGUCGAUGGUGUGCAAAGGCACAGUGUGAGGAUUGUAUUGAUUGGAAGGGGUUCAAGCCGAUUGGUGAUACUUUGGUUGAGCUUGAGAUUCUUGGGUUUGCUAAAACUUCCAGUGCGUUUUAUAUUCAAUGUCACGAUUGCACUGGGAAGCUUGAAAAUGAUGGGAAUUUUAAGGCUUUGUGUGGGGGGCUUGAGAAGAAAUGGGCUAGGGAAUUGGAGAUGUUGGAUGCUGUUGAUGAUGAGAUGGGGGUUGAGGUGGAUGGGAAGAUCGGGGUUGAGGGUGGUGCUGACAGACCUAUCGUUAUUGACGACGAUGAUAGUGAUGUGAAGGAGUUCGAAAAUUUACCUACGACAAUGAUGAGAGCACAACAGGCUGGUACAACUAAUGAAUUUGGAAGACAUCGUGGUCAAAGAAAGGCUCAGAGUGGCAUACCAAGUGUUCCAAGACAGUCUGGACAGUCCGCCGGUGGUCCUUCAUUCACUACACCUACGCACCGAGGAAACGUCAAUCCCGUCAACCACGUCGACUCCAUUCAUACAAAACGCCGCAAAUCUUUCAUGGACAAAUGGAAUGAGCCAUCUGUCUCACAAUCCCUGAUGGUGAUGAUACCAAAAGGUAAAGAUACGAGCACUAUUAAUCGUUCCGUGAGACACGCUGGCCUAGAACGAUACAGUGGUAAUGGGGCCGAACUUGGUGGUUCUUACAGUGUCCCAAGACAGACUCAGACUAACACUACUCAAUCAACUCGCAAUGAUAUGAGUGUUGGACCGGAGACAACAGCAGCAGCUAAUGAGAUCCAAGGACAAUAUGGAUAUGGCACAUACGAUGAGCAUGCUCUAAACAAUCCAUAUCUCAUCACUGGAAGUCACGGUCACGGUAACCUAUUCAAUAUCCCGAGACAUACCGGACAACAAGAUCCAUACUAUAUAUCUCCAUACGAUUUUCACUCAAGUGGCUACAGUACCACGCAGAGCCUCCCACGACAACCCGUACAGCCACAACGUUAUGUAUCGCCAUACGGAGGCAUUUUAGGAGGUCAUAGCAACGCAUCGAAUACUCCAAGAUCGACCGUGCAACCACAACUUGUCAGUGCUCCCAUUUUCGCUACGCUUGCGCCUGUGCGUCGAAAGGAUGAGAACCAGGUUGAUAAUGUUACUGAUACUGGUCGUCGAGGAAAUUUUAUGGAUAAAUGGUUUGAAUGA